AUGGCGGCGGUGUUGACACACAGCCCACUGGCCAAUGCGACGUCUAUUUAUGUAAGUGAAGGUCCAGACCUGGAGAUGGAUUAUAAAGUGGAGUUAAUAUUUCUUCUAAUUUUUCUGACAACGGUGCCAUCGUUUGCUCUGAGCCAAGAAGAAUCUGCAGAAGCAGUGGCGUAUUUAAGGAAGUAUGGUUACCUGCACAUCCCACUGGACAGAAGAGCCAAACCCCCCCCACCUGAGGAGAUAGCUGAAGCCCUCAGAAUAUUUCAGAGGGCAACAAACCUGAAAAUAUCAGGAAAACUGGACUCAGCCACUCUGGCCAUGAUGAACAAACCUCGAUGUGGUGUAGAAGACUCCUUCACAGGCAGAUCUCUCAAAUAUCGAGUUUUGGGUUACUGGCGUAAGAAGGUGCUGACCUACCGUGUCUAUAAUUACGCUCCUGACCUUGGUAAAGGAAAGACACGUUUGGCCAUCCAGAGUGCUUUUAAGUACUGGAGUGAUGUGACACCUCUGAAAUUUAAGGAGCUGCAGGAGGGAAGAGCAGACAUCAGAAUCUCUUUUCACAGAAAGGACAAGUCGUGUCCUGUUCCCUUUGAUGGGAGAGGUCAUGUUUUAGCCCAUGCUGAUGCUCCUGAGUCAGGACUUGUGCAUUUCGACCAAGAUGAAAUGUGGACAGAGGGGAAGACAUACGGCUCCAACCUGAGGAUAGUUGCAGCCCAUGAGAUCGGCCACGCUCUGGGUCUGGGUCACUCACAGUACCACACCGCUCUAAUGGGUCCUGUGUACAGCGGGUACCGCACGAAUUUCAAGCUACAUCCUGAUGAUAUACAGGGGAUCCAGAAGAUAUAUGGAAAGCCAAAAGGAACUCCUCCAUCCAGAAAUCCAGGUCUGUCAGGGCCGCAGAGAGCUCCAGAUCCUUGCAAGGCCACUCUGGAUGCUGCAAUGUUGGGAAUUCUGCGUAAGACGUAUGUGUUCAGUGGUCAUUAUGUAUGGACGUUAUCCAGCCAUGGUGCAGGAUCUCCGGUCCUGAUCUCUGCUCAGUGGAAGGAGUUGCCAGGGGACCUCGAUGCAGCCGUUCACUCUCAGCGGACUGGAAAGACCUACUUUCUGAAAGGAGACAAAAUCUGGAGAUACAGCAACCUCAAACUUGACAAGGGUUUCCCCAGACCCUUGGCAAAUAUCCCCGCUAACAUUGACACGGCUUUUUACUACAACAGGAACCAAAAACUUAUUUUUAUCAAAGGCUCUGUGUACUGGCAGUGGGAUGAAAUUACCCCAACAGACUUCAGCUCAUAUCCAAAACUUCUUAGUAAACUGUUCCCAGGUUUGCCCAGCAACAUUGAUGCUUCUUUCACGUGGACAAACGGUUACAUCUACAUGUUCAAAGGCUCUGAGUACUGGCGCAUCAACCCAAGCCAUCAAGCUGUGGAUAAGGGGUAUCCUCAGAGCACAGCCACACGCUGGAUGUACUGUGAUGACUGA